AUGUCUUGUGCUCAACAGCGUCACGGCUUCGUCAUCCGGCUAAACCGAAAAGAAAAUGGUACUACAUCGGUACCACAACGUCAUAUCAUACGAGCUGAUGUCGUGAAUGUUUUUGCCGAGCUGCAGCAGCAACCCCGGCAUCCUCUGACUGCCCUGCCGCAAGUGCAGCAAACGCGAGUAGGAGAGGCUCCUGAACAUCAGGCUCGCGCUAUCACUCUAACCCCAGAGCCUAACCGAGACCGCGCUACUGCUCUGGAUCCCCAUGGACCAGAGAUUGGAGUACGACAAGGAUCCGAACAUCCCAAUCAGGUCGAGGCCGCUGACCGACUAUCCCAAGGGCGAUCCGAGCACGGUCAACCUUUGCAGCACGCGGAGCUAUUGACUGAAAGACGUCUAGCGGAACCCCUCCAACAACUAGAACCAGUCGUGAUUCCGGACGUCGAGCCCGACAUUCCAGCGACAAGACUUGUCGCCGAUGAGCCCGACGACCGGCGUUAUCUGUAUAUCCGGAUAGUGGAAUGGUUCUAUGAUGGCGAAGAAAUGAGUGCUGAGGUCCCGUGGCAUAAUACUAUUGAACCUGUAAGAAAUCUCACCCCCGCAGACCAAGCGGAGGCCCAGCACCUACUGCGUGCACACCAAGACCGGGCUGAGGCCCUGCGCCGUAACUCAUCUGAGCCCACAAGAGUUCGUACCCCCGAAUUCCGAGCUGAGGCCAAGCGCCAAGAUCGUAAUCAGCGUGCUCAAGCUCGGGUCUGGGCUCGUCGGAAUGCCAGUGAGGACGAGCAGGAAGGGCAAAGUUCAAGCGAAGAAGAGGAGGAAUAG